AUGUGGAAGCUCACCUUUUUUUCAAGUAUUCUUUUUGUGAUUUGCACGAAGGUUUCAUCGCAUUCGAAAUGUUCUGGGCCACAAAUUACAAAAAUUCAAACAGCUGAAGCUCUUUUUCCAUACUCAUUGAUUUGGGAAAGUUCUUCACAAAGUUUGUACUAUGUAGAUUUCCUUGGCUCGAGCAGUAAUCCAAUAAUUUUUCGCUAUGAUUUUGAAGAGGACAAAAUAUAUUCAGCUUCUAUAGCUGGACAACAAUACCCUUCAUUCAUUCUGCCAAUUAAAUCGAAGAAUAAAACUCAAAAUCUUUUUGCCGUCGGUGUCGGGCACUUUACCGAAAUAGUUGAAUGGGAUGGAAGAUCUCCGACAGCUAAUAUUGUGAGUAGACUUUUUGGUGUUGAAGAAAGCGAUUCGACGAGCGGUGUAGCCACCGCACGUACAAGCGAUGAAGGAAUAUUCUAUGGUGGAACACAUCAUACCACCUUCUGCAGUGGACCUAAGAAUUCAUCAUUUUACACGUAUACAAAAAUGAAAGGACUGCAACAACUUUUCACCGGCACACAAACUACAGACGGUCUGACUUUCUAUAAAGAUAUUCUUUACCACUUUGACCCUUGUUCGAAGGUGAUCAAGCAGUUUCGUUUGAAUCCUAACGGGAAUAUCUCGCGUCAUAAUUCUAGUCAAAUCUUCAUUAAUUUAGACACAGAUACUGAUGGAUUUGUUUAUACCAAUGAAUAUGGAGGAAAUUCAGUUUGGAAACUUGAUGUAAAAUCACAUAAAGCAGAGGUAGUUGCAAAAUUGCCCAUUAACGGAACAAGUUCAUUUGCAUUUGGUGGACCGAAUAGAGAUAUUUUAUUUGUCAGUGCUGCAUCUACCAUAGUUGAUGCGUAUACUUUAGCUGCAGAAGUGAUUUCACAAAAUGGCUCUUCACUGUACAAAGUCACCGGUUUGGGCAUAACAGGCCGUAAAUAUAGUCCUCUAAUUGUUUGA